UUACCGUAUUCGUAGAGUAUCUAGAAUAAACAGUAGGGUUGUUUUUCUAUUCAUUGUCUAUUCUAUUGCACUACGUCUCGGAAAUCGUUCAAGAGCAAUAAUGACCGCCAACACCGGCAUGCUUCCCCCUCAGCCGACAUCUGUCGGUCUGCACAGUCCUAAAUCGGUCCAGGCAUUCGGUAUUCUGCAAGUGAUUUUCGGAGCCGCGCUAAUUGUUACCGACAUCUUCACUUUCAGCACCAACUGGCCUGGUGACGCGCUAGCCUUUAGCGUCGGUGGUUCGGGAUUCUACGCUGGAAUAUUUUUCAUCAUAACGGGAUCGUUCGGUACUGCAGCCGGGGGACGUCUUGCAGUGGGAACUUCACAGCGCUCGCGCCAAUGUCUGCUUAUCACCUCGAUGGUGCUGAGCAUUUUAUCUACAAUCCUGGCAUCCGCUCUGAUAAUUGCCCUUGGCAUUUUUUUCAGCCUUCUACGUGGCUCUGCCUACAGAAAUUUCUGCGCCCCUGGGAAUUACAACGAAUUUGCUUGUAACUUCUACGAUAUUCGCAUUCCCGCAGUGAUGGGCCCCUAUUUAGCGUUCCAGGGUCUUAUGUGGAUCUUCUGUCUGGGUCAGUCGAUUGCCGCCGGGGUCAAUAUUUGCAAAAUGCCCAAGAGCAUUCCUGCAACGCAAGUAGUGUACGUGCAGCCGGGCUCCAGUCAUUUACAGGGCGCUCCUGGACAGUCUAUCCACUUUGUGGCAAAUCCUCAGCCAGCUGCAGAAAUGGGUGGCUCGCCUGUUCCAAUAGGGAAAUCUUCAGAUGCCGCCUGCGUUGAAGCCGUAAAGCUGGACGAGUACCGUACCACAUCGACUUAAUUAUUAAACUUGCUGCAAAAGUUUAAGUCGUACUGGAAGGUAUUCAACUUUUGCGCCUUUAUAGUUCCCACUAGUGUUGAUCAGGCAGCCAAAAGUCUGCAAAUGUUCGCGUAGUUUUAUUUUUUGCCGCUUGCUAUAUCGCACAUUUCCCUUCCCGACUAAAAUCUGUGCAGUGGGAUCGUGGCAAAACAAGUGCAUUGCGUUUAUUUACAAAGCUCUGUACAGAUAUUCGAGAGAAAUGAUAAAUAAUGUAGAUA